AUGCUGUCGCAAAUCAUCAAGCCUUCCGCUAUGCGGUCUGUCAACGUCCUGGGACAAGUAACCAAGAACCGCGUGCAAGCGCGUUAUCUGGCUUCUGUCCAGUCCAACACCGAUCGCAAGAUCCCCUCUCCUCACCGAACGCCUACCGAGAUCUCCACUGAGAGGGCUACAUUCACAAUUAAGAAUGGCCCCAUCUUUUCCGGAAAGUCUUUCGGUGCCAAAGCCAACAUCUCUGGUGAAGCAGUCUUCACCACCUCGCUUGUUGGAUACCCUGAGUCUAUGACCGACCCCUCCUACCGUGGCCAGAUCCUCGUCUUCACCCAGCCCUUGAUUGGCAACUACGGUGUACCCUCCUCUGCCCGCGAUGAGCACGGUCUCCUACGAUACUUCGAGUCCCCCUACAUCCAGGCUUCUGGUAUUGUUGUCCAAGACUACGCUCUGAAGCACAGCCACUGGACUGCUGUUGAGUCGCUCUCUCAGUGGUGCGCUCGCGAGGGUGUUCCUGCCAUCUCCGGCGUUGAUACUCGUGAGGUUGUAACCUACCUCCGCGAGCAGGGUUCUUCCCUCGCUCGUAUCACCAUCGGCGAGGAAUACGACGCCGAUGAGGACGAGGCCUUCAUCGACCCCGAGGCCAUCAACCUCGUCCGUCGCGUAUCGACCAAGGCACCUUUCCACGUCAGCUCGUCCCUCGGCGACAUGCACGUGGCACUGAUUGACUGCGGUGUCAAGGAGAACAUCCUUCGCAGCCUCGUAUCCCGUGGCGCCAGCGUGACCUGCUUCCCGUACGACUACCCCAUCCAGAAGGUCGCUCACCACUUCGACGGCGUCUUCAUCUCCAAUGGCCCUGGCGACCCAACCCACUGCACACAGACGGUGUACAACCUUCGCAAGCUGUUCGAGACUUCGCAGGUUCCUGUCAUGGGCAUCUGUAUGGGUCACCAGCUGAUUGCCCUUGCUGCUGGCGCAAAGACGAUCAAGCUCAAGUACGGCAACCGUGCCCACAACAUCCCGGCCCUCGACUUGAGCACCGGCAAGUGCCACAUCACCUCGCAGAACCACGGAUAUGCUGUGGACCCCACCACUCUGUCCAGCGAGUGGAGGGAGUACUUCACGAACCUCAACGACCAGUCCAACGAGGGUCUGAUCCACAACUCGCGCCCCAUUUUCAGCGCGCAGUUCCACCCCGAAGCCAAGGGCGGACCGCUCGACUCGGCCUACCUGUUCGACAAGUACGUUGAGAAUGUGCAGAAGUACAAGGACCACCAGUCGACCUUCUCCAACAAGAGCAACAAGCCCAGCGCCGUUCUCGUUGACCUCCUCAGCAAGGAGCGUGUUGGCGUGCACCCGGACCAGCCCGACUUUGACAAUACGAAGCCUUCGGUUGUCGUUGGAGGUGCGGUGCCCUCGUACCAGCCCAUUUCCACGGCGGCCUAG